UUUUAUUUCCACUCGUCACUAAAAACCAUAUAUUAUAAAAAUUGUACAAAUUUCUGUCUCUUUCUCAUCCUCUACUACUUUGCCAUUAUAUUUUCCACUUUUUGCUAGUUGUUGUUUCUUCUUAUUCCAUUCACUCUUAUUGUACAAAAAAAAAUGAAGAAAUUUAUCCUGAAAUUGGAUUUGGGAGAUGACAGAGAAAAAAGGAAGGCCUUGAAGAUAGUGGCUGCUCUUCCAGGAAUAGAUGAAAUUACGAUAGAUAUGAAAGGUAAGACGUUAAUGAUAAUAGGGACGGUUGAUCCGGUGAGUGUAGUGAGCAAAUUGCGCAAGUUUUGGGCAGUAGAAAUGAUGUUAGUGGGACCAAAAGAGGAACCAAAGAAAGAAGAAGAAACAAAGAAAGAAGAGCCUAAAAAAGGAGGAGAAAAAGAUGACAAGAAAGAAGAAACAAAAAAGGAAGAAGAAGAGAAGAAGCCAAUGGUACCAAUAGGUAUGGUAAUGCCAUAUAGACCUUAUUAUCAUCCUCCUCCUAUGCACACAUAUUACCAAGUCCAUCAUAGCAUUGAAGAGAAUCCUAAUGCAUGUGUCAUUUGCUAAAACAAAAAUUACGAAUCGAAGCGAUAAAGAGCUGAAUAUUGUUACUUGGAAUAUUUUACUGUGUUACUAUAUAUGUUAUGUAUGUAUGUUUAGUGUACAACAUUCUAGUUGGUCUUGGUUAAUCCUAUUUUAUAAUAUAUGAAUCCAAGACUAACUUUCAAGAUUAUAUAUAAUGUAGAGGAGAUUUUGUGAAUAGACAAUAUGAUUUGUAUCUUCAAAUUCAAGUAUAUUUUAUUGUG